AUGAGCAAUGAUCGAAUUCCCGCACACUUGGAUACCCUCGGAAGCACUCAAUAUCAAUUUACAAGCCUAGCAGAGUGUGAUAUCGAUGAAGCAAUUCGGCACAGUAUCGUAGCGCUUCAGACCGCUAUUGAUUCCGCUCUCUUAGAGACCCUUGGGAUGCAGCUAGAUGCUCGGUACCAGCGAACACAAAAUCCCAAUGAUCUCAAUGCAUCAGUACGGUGUUGUCAGCUUGCGACUAAAACGACUUCUGAUUUCGACUAUGCAGCACGCCUAGAUCGUCUAGUAAAAUUGCUCAAUGCUCGAUUCUAUUGCCCAGCCCAAACCCUACGUUGCAAAACGAGCGAGGAUCAGCUUUCCCUACGCUUAGACGCCCUCGAAAGCAGUUCUCAAGCUCACGAUCAGCCUAUAAACCCGACGGGUGAUGUCGAUGAAGCAGUUCGGCUUGACUUUCUAGCGCUUCAGGCCGCUGUUAAUCCCGCACUCUUACAGAACCUUGGGAUGCAGCUGGAUGCUCGAUACCAGCAAACACAAAAUCCCAAUGAACUCGACACAGCAGUACAGUGUUGUCAGCUUGCGACUAAAACGACUUCUUAUGCCGACUAUGCAGCGCACUUAAAUCGUCUAGUGGGAGUAUUCGAAUCUCGAUUCCAAUACCUAGACCAAAGCCGACGUCGCGAAACGAGCGAUGAUCAGCUUUCCCCACGCUUAGGCGCCCUAGAAAGCAGUUCCCAUGCUCAGAAUCAGCCCACAAACCCGACGGGUGAUGUUGAUGAAGCAUUUCGGCUUGGCUUUCUAGCUCUUCGGGCCGCUGUUGACCCCGCGCUCCUCGAGAACCUUGGGAUGCAACUGCAUAUACGAUACCAUCUAACAGAAGAUAUCGUUGAUCUCAACUUAGCGAUCGACUAUUCUUGGCUUGCGACCAAGAUGAUUACUUACGACCAUCCCAACUACAAAAUGUGCCUAGAUCUUCUGGCGGGACUACUCGAUGCUCGAUUCCAAUCUACGGGAUUUUUGCCUGACCUUGAUCGAGCGAUUCAACUUACUCGUACUGCACAAAUUGGCAGGACAAAUCAAAACGAUUUGGUACGGUACUGGUUCGAACUCGGGGAAAGGCUUGGAAGACGGUUUGGCUCUAGAGGAACUAUCGUCGAUCUCAACGAUGCUAUUUGGUACCUUUCCCUAGCGGUUAAAGAGACCACUGAAGAUUCUGCUUUCCUCGUCGAUCUCUUAGUCGAGCUCGCUUUCAAUUUCAAUCUUCGAUACGAGACAUUGGCAAAGAUAGAAGAUCUCGAAUCGGCGAUUUCGCUACAUCAACGGGCUCUUCAAGCUACCGAUUAUCAAGAUGAAUUACGGUUAGAUUGCCUGCGCAACCUCGGAAGCGACCUGGAAGCCCGAUAUAGACAUAUCGGAGAGCCCUCUGAUCUCCACAGAGCGAUCGCCCUAGCUCACAUUGCAAUCAGUACAAUGGAGGCCAUCAGCCCUAACUAUUAUUUGCUUAGGGAUUGCUUCUAUGAGCUCGGGACUAAGCUCGGACUUCUAUACGAAAAAACAAACACGAUAGAUGACCUCAAUGAGGCCAUUAUAUGGUCUCGCAAGGCGGUGGGUGCUAUUGGGGCACGCAUUGAGGUUUUUCGCCAUAUCGAACACUUGUUAACACUUCGUUACAAGAGAACACACCAAACCAAAGAUUCUGAAGAAGCAGCCAAGUGGGCAGAAGAAGCAGUCAAGUGGGAAGAAGCAGUUUAG